AGUUUAACAUAUGUCGUGCGGAAGUGGCUAAGUAGUUAGCAUGCUAGCUUUAGUUAGCUAUUUACAUUUCUGCAGCUAACGGAAACUUAGCUCUGCUUUUAUAACUUAAUGUGGAUUUACUGAAGAUAAACAUCCACUACGGUCAUUAUUCCCGGAUACCAAUGAUGAAGACGUGUCUCUGUUCGACGCAGAGGAGGAUGCAGGGAAAAGGUCGAAAAAGGGGAAUAUUAAGCAUCCAGUGGCCUCCUUCUUCCACCUCUUCUUCAGAGUCAGUGCCAUCAUCGUGUACCUGCUCUGUGAGAUCUUCAGCAGCGGUUUCAUCGGCGGCAUGGUCACAAUCAUCCUGCUGCUCUCAUGUGACUUCUGGACAGUAAAGAACAUCACUGGGAGGCUGAUGGUGGGUCUGAGGUGGUGGAACCAAGUUGAUGAUGACGGACGCAGCCACUGGGUGUUUGAGUCCAGAAAGGGUUCUGGGAAGCAACAAGCGUCAGAUUCUGAGUCCCGAAUCUUCUGGAUCGGGCUGAUUAUCUGUCCUGUCCUCUGGGUCUUCUUCACCUUCAGCACCCUCUUCUCCUUCAAGAUUAAAUGGGUGCCUGUAGUGAUCAUGGGUGUGGUGCUGCAGGGGGCCAACCUCUACGGAUAUGUGCGGUGUAAAGUGGGAGGCAAAACCAGCUUAAAGAACAUGGCUACAAAUUAUUUUGGACGACAGUUUCUCAAACAGGCAAUGUCUAAAGAAGAGGAAUCGUAGAGAGCAACUCUGCGAUUUUAACAUGUUUGCAUUAUUCUUAAUGCUAUUAUAUAUAUUAUUUUAGCAAGUGGAUUCAUAGAAACACAUCUUUAUUACAAUAUGAAUGAAAAUAACCGGUUUUGAUUUCUUUCUAAUGUGAUGUGUGACUCAGUCAGUCCCAAUAGAGGAUGUUUUCUCUUUCCCGUAGAGGUCUGAGGUCGACUCGCUGUUUCCAGUAAGUGAAUCCAGCAAUAAACUCUCAGACUGACUGAUGCUUUAGUGUAACUGCAUGAGUGGAAACAGUGAAACUGACUGUAGUUUGAUGUGUCCUGUCGUCUCACAGCUCCCUGACGGAUCUGAUUUAGUUUAUUUACUUUGGUUUCAUUGCCUCUUAACUUUAACUGAACUUUACUCUUUAUAAAAACCGAAAGUUGUUUCUGAAAGGUGCAAACAUUUGAGUUUGUGUGGUGGACAGGUUGUAAAGUAAUGGUGCACAAUAUUCCAAUAGAGUUGUAAAUAUGUAUGUAAAGAAACCAAGUGGAACAUCUUCUUUUGUGCAAAUACAUUUGUAACAUUUUUCUGAACCGCGUGGUCGUUUCUCUUUAAACAUUAUGCAUCCAGUUUUUUAUUUUUAUUUAUUGCAUUUAAUGAAAUAGUUGCUAUUUAAAAAGUAUGAGUGAAAUCUGAUUAGUUUCCUUAGUUGUCCCCAUAAUAACAACAG